CCGAGGAGUGUGCAGCUCGCGAUUCGGUCGCUCCUCUGUUAACUUGUGUGUACUGUUGUACACUCCCGAGUAUAUAAUCUUCCUGAUAUGUGGAGUCGCGAUAUUUGCCGCUUGGAAAGAAAUUAGCGAUCGGUUCACGCAGGCAUCAUAGACACAGUGGAUCCGCUCGAUUUUCAAGGGAGCUGCUGCGCUUGUCUCGUCCACCGCUUGCAGUGAAAGAGAAGAGCGUCUCUCGCAUUACAUUCGUAUACCUGCGCUGAGAGCGGCGACCGCUAGCAUUGAGGGAUGAAGCCGCAUUGGAGGAUCGGCCCAGCUCGGCGCAUUCCCUGCGGCGACUGAUUUUUGCACCGACAGUAAACCAAUACACCAUCACGCCAAUCUACUAACGCCGAGUGCCGCCGUGUAACGCCACAUAGCUAUAUUGUUCCUCAGUGAGUGACUAGCAACGCAACAGCGGCAAAACAAAGCAGGUGUACAAUUCAGACUGGAGCGUAAUCCUUUUACAAUAAGGAUUGUAAGAGUUGCAGUUUUUAACUGAAGAAACCGAGAAUGAUGAUGGCUUGUGUGUUCGGCAGAAAACGGCAGCAUCGCCAGCGGUACGUCGAAACAACGCCGACGUGACAGUCACGUGCUUUUUCCCCGGAAGAACGUCCGAGUUCACGUACCUGUCGUCAUCGUCGUCGUCGUCGUCGUCAUCAUCGUUGUCGUUGUCGUUGUCGUUGUCGUUGUCGUUGUCGUUGUCGUUGUCGUGCGUUGUUACUUAUACCAUGUGAGUAGUGAGAAUCGUGCUUUUUGUAGAGUCCAGAGUGAAAAACAAGCAGUGCUUAUAGUUAUUGAAUUGAAGAUCGUUUUGCAGUGUCGAAACUUCGAGACGGGAUUGUUCGUGCGUUGGUUCGUAUGAUAGUGCGUUGUUUAGUGCGAUGAUCGACGCUAGAUGACCAAGACAACAAACGGAUAAAAAAAACAGACGACUAGGGGUAUCAAAAGUAGCUAAGACGAGAGCUUGCUGGCCAGUGCCAAGGCAAGCAAGCGAGGACUCGAGUGGUGAAGAGGAGCCGUGCGCCGCGGAGAGGCGAGGCGAAGGAGGAAUUGGAUUUUAGAUCAGCACAAGUCGGCCUGAGCGCCACCCCGGCCAACGUCAUUCUGUCAACCCUGUCGUGCAGCCAAGGGGGCGCGAGCCAAGGCGGUAGCGUGUACGGCUCGAGCCUCGUGUUCGGCGAGACGGGUGGCGUCGUGGAGGGGGGAGUAAUGCCGGUGAGGGUGGCGCCGCCCCCCCGAGGUGGAAUACUCCACGGCGGCGUGCCGAACAGCGUGGUCAGCCAGGGCGGCCCAGGGCCCAACUCGCAGGCAGCCGCCGCGGCGGCGGCCGCAGCGGCGGCUGCGGCCCGCUGCGGCCUGGGUCAGGCCAACCCCAACGGUAGCCCGCCGCUGCCGGGCUCGUUGCAGCUGGGUCCGGGGGGUUCGCAGGGUCCGCCCGGCGGGCCCAACCAGCCGGGACAGCCCAGCCAGGCCCAGGCGGGGCCGGGCAGCGUGGGCCCGGGUGGGCCAGUGCCGCAGCCGCCCAACCCGCUGCAGGCCAUGGCCUCGGCCGCGGCCUCGCUCACCCAGCUGAACAACAUGGCCAACGGGCCUCUGCCUCCGAUGAGCCAGGGGCCGCAGGGCCCGCCGAGCCUGCCGCCGCCGCAGCCCGCCACCACGCCCACGCACGGCGGCCCGCCGACGCCACACCAGCCGGGAGUCCCGGGGCCCCACCUCAACGGGGCCUCGCCCAGCCCGCAUCCUAUGCCCCACGGCAUGAUGAGCGGCUCGCCGCAUCACCCGGGUACCCACAUGGGCCCCGGCGGCCCGUCGCCGCAUCCGCACCAUCCGGGCCCUCACAUGGUCGGCUCGCCUCACCACCCGGGCCCUCACAUGGGCCCCGGCGGACCGAUGGGUCCCAUGGGUCCGGGGGGCAUGCCGCCCCAAGGUGGGCCGGGGAUGUGCGGGCCUGGCGGACCCGGCAUGAUGGGCCCGCACGGACCUCAUCCGCAAGGCCCUGGUCCCGUGCCCGGGCAGCCGCACAUGCACAGCGACCCGUUCUACGGGGCGCCCUUCGGAUCGCCAUACUUCAGAUCAACGUUGCCUGUCCCCAGGAGGCACACCUUCUACAAUGGCCAGUCGGACUACAGAUUCUACGAGUUCAACAAGAGGUUACAGCUGCGCACCGAGGAAAGCGAUAAUCUUUGGUGGGAUUCGUUUGUUACUGAGUUUUUCGAGGAUGAUGCGACGAUGACGCUUCAAUUCUGUUUAGAGGAUGGACCCAAAAGAUACACGAUAGGUAGGACGUUGAUACCAAGGUAUUUCCGUUCGAUAUUCGAGGGUGGCGUAACGGAGCUUUAUUACAACAUAAAGCACCCGAAGGAGUCGUAUCACAGCACCAUGAUAACGCUAGAUUGUGAUAACUGCGUGAUGGUCACGCAUCAUGGGAAACCGACAUUCACAAAGGUGUGCACGGAAGGCAAGCUAAUAUUGGAGUACACUAACGACGACCUCAUGAGGAUAAGGUCGUGGCAGAUGAUCGUGAGGCAGCACCGGGAGCUCGUACCCAGGGCGAUAGUCUCGAUGUCGCAGGAUCCUUCGGCGAUCGAGCAACUCAGCAAAAACAUCACGAGGCAGGGUAUCACCAAUUCUACACUGAACUACCUUAGGUUAUGCGUUAUCUUGGAGCCGAUGCAAGAACUGAUGUCGAGGCACAAGGCGUACGCACUUUCGCCGCGCGACUGCCUGAAGACGACGUUGUUCCAGAAAUGGCAGAGGAUGGUUGCCCCGCCGGGUAAGAGAGAAUCUCAAAGGCCAGCAAACAAGAGAAGAAAGCGAAAAGGUAGUGCGUCAGGCCCAGGAAACAAUGCACCACCGGCACCGAGUAAAAAGAGAUCGCCAGGGCCAAAUUUUUCCCUCACAACUCAGGACGUGAUGGUAGUAGGUGAGCCAUCUCUGAUGGGUGGCGAGUUUGGCGACGAAGACGAGAGACUGAUCACGAGGCUGGAAAACACGCAAUACGACGCGGCAAACAGUUUGGAUCCGCAUAGUCACGACGCGACGGGCGGACCUCCUGCACAUCCACAUCAGUUUCACUCGGAACCACAGCCCGGUAACUCCUGGCCCCCAGACAGGGGUCCAGGCCCACCGCAGGGCGGACCAGGCAACCAGGGAGUGCCGGGAACGCCAGGCGGCGCGGGCGCAGGAGUGCAGGGUACUCCGGACGCAAGUCAGCAGCAGCAAGACAAGAAGAGCCCCGCAGUGAGCCAGUGAGGCCAGGAGUCCCCGCGCCCCCCCACCAGGGGGCGACGGGGGCGCAGGCCCAAGAACGUGGCUCCCUAGCGGGGCGAGAAUUCUCAGCUCCCCUCAUCCUACUUAACCUCAGCCUCGUCGCUCUCGGCCGCCACCUCAUCUCUGCCCUCGACCGCCGCCCGUUUUUCUCAGAUCGGCACUCUGCCUCUGCCUGGCUCGCACCAUCUGCAGCCGUCACCUAGUGGACCGCCUCAGCUGCCAGGCGCCGCCACCGCCAUCGGCGGAGCUCCGGGAACUGGCCCAGUGCCUUCCGUGGCACAAGAGCAAACAGCAACAGGCAUGUCGGGCGCCCAGUCGCAGGUGGCCGCCGGCAUAAGCCAACUGCUGCUGCAGCAGGGUCAGCAAGCGGCAGCUGUCGCAGCCGCGGGCUCCGCUGGCGGACAGCCUCACAACCCCAUCCAAAGCUUACUCCAGCAGGUCUACUAUCUGCAGCAAAUCGAGUAUUUACUCACGCAGCACGGUCACAUCUAGACUGACCGUAUUCCGUCGCAGCAGCCAGUAACCGGCCGUCAAUGGGGAGAGGACCAUCCGACAUUUCAUUUUCCAGUUCAAUGCUUGGAAUUACCAAUUUCGGAACAAAAAGUGCCAAUUGCUUCACGAAAUAACCUCUCGUUCGUUUGUUGUUCAAACGAUAGCUUCUAGAGAAAUCUUCCUCUUUUUGUCCUUGGUUGUCCGCAACCUUCUCCCUUGACGUCGACCACGAUGGUAGAGCCAUGCCAGAACUGCUGAUGGCAUUUGUAUAUCUACGCCAAUGCAGCGAGAGAAAAAGAGAGUGUGUGUGAAUAAAGGGGCGGUCACGUUAGAUUCAAUACAGUGCGCAACAUGAAAAAAGUGAGCGCUCGGCGUGUGAUAUAUUAUAUAUACAUAUACACUUAUGUGUGUGUGAAGUAAGGUGCAGGGGAAUAUACAUAGAUUAUACAUACAAGAAAUAAAUGUCGAAAACGCGAAGAGCAAGGAAGUAGUAAAGUAAGAAACGGAACGUGUGCGUGAGCCUCUUUAACAUGUGAAAAAAUGAAAAAAAGAUAUGAUCGAUAUUAAUUGAAAGAACAUUCAAAGGUUCUUAAUGCGAGUAAGAAGUAAUAGAAAAGAAAAAAUAUUGCCACACGCGGCAGGGACGAUUUUAUUCGAAUGCUCUGGCGCGGAGCUGUGAAAGAAUCUCUAUCCGUCAACAGUAUUGAUAUAAUUAAUAGAGUAAAUGAAAUAUAAUAUUAUAAGGAGAAUCUAGAAUAAGAAUGUACUGUGCAAGCGUUUGUAAGCAAACUGAGAAACAGUUGAACAGAGCGAUAGCACGAAUGAAGGAGAGAAUGAAUUUAUCAAAACCUGGAAAUACAAUCGAUCAAAAGAACUUUAAAGUAGAAGAAAAAGGCGAUGAAAAAAGGAGAUUUCAUUAUCAAAUGUGAUUUUCAAAUGCACAAAUUAUUUCAACGAGCAAAGUUUUUCUUUUAGUCGAAAUUUUUACAACUUUUUCCACGCAUCAUUUUCUCAUAAAAAUUCGAGUGCUUAUUUCAACUUUUUCACGCACAACAGCCCAUCGGAGUAUAUUUGUGUAUGGUAUGUUGUAGAAUGCAGAAAAAUAUUGUCAUCAUUUUCUACAAUAUCAAAUUGAAAACAAUUUUUUCACAUUGCUCAAGAGUAGCUAAAGGAAACACGAUUUCAAUGAUUCAUUUUUUUUAUACAUGGCAAGUAUUAGAGUGCAGAGUUCGUAAUAGUACAUUACGAUACAAGUGCGGGAAAAUAGAAUCUUGUCUCGUGUGGCGUUUACGCCCGAGCGAAGCGAGGGUGGAAAGGUACACGAGACGAGAAACUCUUUCCCGAACAUGUGCCGUACCGUAUUUUUUGAUACGACGUGUGGAAAGUGCGAUUUUCAAAGCACGUUUUUUGCCGAGCGUGCGAGAAAAACGCACUUUCCGCACGGAGUGUUGAAAAAUAUUUUGUGUUAAAAUUUUUUUUAUAUAUUGACUUUUUAUUGAACGAUUAAGAUGAUUCUUCCACAUCGACGAAAAAAAUCUUAUGGUUAAUUUUUGCAGCCCUUUAUACACUUAUUGUGGAUAGCUCAAAAUAUUACAGUGAUUGUUACUGCAAAAAUGCACCAUGAAUCUUUGAUAUGAAAGAAUAAUGUUGGUUUUGUAACUUUUCACCGUUCAAUGAAAACUUGAUUUCAAAUUCGAAAAAAAAUUGAUUUAGAUAAUUUUUGAACAAUGCACAAAAAUUUAAUGAAUUUUCUUUUGCCAGUAAGUUUAUUUAAUUUCGUGUACAUAGUUCCUCAUUUUUUUAAGUUAUAUAUUGUUUUAUGUUCCUUAUUUUAUUUGUUCCUAUGUCAUUUACUGAUAGUUCAUGAUUUAUUGCUGACAUCUUCGCUGAUAAUAUGCAGAUGUAUAAAGACAGGGCAUUAAUGAUAUAAUUUUUAAGUAAAAAUCAAGUUUUUGGAUUAAUUUCAUUGUUAAGUACAAAAAUUUUUAGUAGCACAAUUUUUAUAAGCUUAAACUAAUACUUACAUUAACAAAUUUUUUUAUUACCAUAAAAACGUUAUGUUGUAAUAAUUUUUUAAAUAUACAAUUGCAUCAGGUAUUUUAUAAUAAUAGUUUUGAAAAUUUUGAAGCAUUUAUAGAUUGAUAGACUAGAAAAUAAAUUGUUUUGUGGAAAGUAAUCCAGUGAACUUUCCUUGCUACUCUUGUCUACUUCCAUUGCUGUUUGUGUUUGUAGCUGUUUGAAUUCAAAGAAAAAUGAAUAAAGUGCAAUUUUCGAAUUCGUAAAAUUAGCCUGAAAAACUUUGUGUAUUGGAUUAAAAUUAUUUUCACGGGAAAUCGAAAGGUUAAAAAAAUCAAAUGAAAUAAAAUAGAUUUAACGAGUGCAAAUAUAGUAAAUAGUAAAUAACAGUAAAAACUCUCCUCUCAUCGCACAUCUGUGGCUUGCAGUUGUGAAAACGUUUCAUUCUUAAUCCAACGCGUGUAAAAACAGUUAUACAUACGAGCCAAUUUAGUUUAUAGAGCACACUUGACGACAAUUUUAAGCGACAAUUUUUAAAGACAGUCAUCGAGAGAUAAAGUCACAGUUCUAUACAAACAAGACAGCCACACAUACACAUCAACAAGAGUUAAUAAAGUAAGCUACGCGUGAACAAGCCAGUACAGUCCCAUAGCGCAAAAAUGUUUGUGCAAAGUAUAUAGAAAAAAAGAAAGUGUACAUGAGUUAGAUUGAAUGUGUUGGUGAGCAUGUGAAAGAGAGAUUAGGAGGACAGUGUAGAAGAGUUCCGUGGGUUUUCAGGAUAAAUGAUCUAUUGAAAAAUGUUGUAUAUUAUUACGAAUUAUAAUGACACUAUUAUAAUUAAUUAUUAUACUCUAAAUAAUGUGAAUUGAAUUUAAA